GUUUUAGCUACAAUGCGGUAUGCACUUUAGUUUGUCGUCUACCUGCGCUUGGCUGCAACAGAUUCAGUAUUUUAUCGCUUAGUGCUUUUGUGUUAUAUUUAUCUAUAGCCUUGACAUUACAUAUUAUUAUUUUUCGAAUAUGGAGCAACGUUGGUUGCGUGAUAAGAAAAUGAUAUUAACGGGCAGUGAUUUGAGUGCCAGCGAGGAAGGAGAAUAUGAAACAAUUAUUUUAAGACAUGCCAAUUUGGAACAAAGUGAUAUUGAUGUGAUAACAAAGAAAUUUGCCUAUGCAACUUAUUUGGAUUUAUCGUACAACGAGAGAAUUGCUUUCAUAAAUUUUUUAUUGACUCCCACAACAUUGUACCUUAGGAACUGCACAGGUUUGCGUGAUAUAACUUAUCGAUUUCCCACAUGCACACUGAAGCACUUAGACAUAGUUGGAUGUUCCAUUGACCUUGAAGACCAUUUCCACAAAUAUGAAUUUCCAAUGCUGGAAAGCUUAACACUCAACUGGCAGCCAAGUAUCAAAUGGCGUAAUUUACUAGGCAAAUUGGGCAGCCUGCAGAGAUUUACUAUUGAAAGUAUUUGCAGCCAAGGCGCAAAGAGUCGCCGCGCGCUAUUAGAGGCAAUUGCAGAGUACAAAAAUAUCAAAGCGAUCACCUUUUGCGGCUUACUCAGUGCAGAAGGGAUCGUCCAGCUUAGUAAGCUGACUGACGUAGAACUGGGAUUUCGUAUUAGAAACGGCGCGGAGAAUAGCUUGUCCCAAUUGUGCGGUCUACAAAACUUGCACACCCUCUAUCUGGAGCAUACGACGAGCAUCUCGAAUACAGAGUUGCUGAAUGUAAUAAAGACUUGUCCAAACUUGAGAAAAAUUACGCUGGAUUAUUGCGAUGGUGUAACGAAAGACUUCGUAUUUAAAGCCGCUGAGUUCUUGAGGGAACGUGAUAAGCAUGAACCACUGAAAGCGCGUUUCAACCUUGAACUUUGCGGCUGUGCUAACAUCGGUGAAGAUAUACUAGCGGAUCCUCUCUACGCAAGCGCUGAGUCCGCCAUGAGCUUAAUUGUAUUCUUCAAAUGUAAAUAUGCAGCGACUGACUAUCGAAAUGACCUCCUCAUCCCCUACCCAGCACCAAAUGUACAACUAAGCAUUUACAUACUUUUCGAGAUCUUCAAAAAACUCAAACGUCGCUCUCACUCCCAAGCAUUCGCAACGGUUUGUGUAGAUUUCGAAAAUGCGGCCAUCGAAGAAGAGCGCCAUUUGAAAAUUAUUUCCUGUCGUAAGGCGAAAAUUGUAAAUAAUCGCGUAUAUGAUGCCUACAUGGAGAUUACAGCUGAAAAUAACAACUUCUUUAAAAAUCGUAUGUUGGCCAAUGCCACGAAAAUGGAGCUGAGCAAUCGUAUAGUUAAACUCGAAACUAUUUUUGAGGAUUUUCCAAAGUUGAGGCGUUUAAAAUUGUUGAAUUGCGCUAUAAAUGAGAGCGAGAUCCCCAGAAAUAAGCAGUUCAAGAGCGUGAGAGAUUUGGAAAUAUGGGGUGAGAAUGCUUUGCGUUUAUGGCAGACACUAGCGAUGCUUUUUCCUAGAGUCACAAAUGUCAAUUUAACGUACGCCACGUGGGAGAGCCGACUGAAUGCUGCGAGUCAUGAGAUGCUGAUAUCAAAUGAGAGCAGUAUGUUUAAGCAUCUCGGGAGCGUAACUACUGUUGGGUUGAUUUUGAAUGAUGAGGAUUUGAACGUUUUUACACAACUAGUAAAUUUGAAAAGUUUCUUCAUUUGCCGCAAUCCACAAAUAACAGGCAAAUACAUUUCGGAUCUGCGGAGCAUUGAGGAACUGCAAGUAACUAAUUGCGCAAAUUUCAAACAAUAUUAUUUGGCUGACAUCUUGCGUUGCCUUGCCUUGAAAUCGCUUAACAUCAGCGACUGUCCGUUGGCCUACACCUCAGCGCACCUCACGAAUGAGAUGUGGUUACAGUGCGAAACGUUGAGUAAACUUAAAAUUGACUGGCAACAAGCGCACACAAUUAUCGCUUUACAAACUCUUAACACUUUAGUGGAUCUGGAUAUGCGCGGCUGUGAGGCACACUAUACCGAAACGUGGCAGCAUCAAUCUGCAGAUCAGCAAGCGCUGUUCCAACAACACGUGCGCUUGGAGCAGCGCCUCUUUCACAUACUCCUCGAACGCACCAACAUUACAAAGCUCACACUCGAAGCUGAGUUGUUGCGUCGAAAUCUUGAUUCAUUGCAGCUCUUACAACACCUGACACACCUGAGUGCGAUUGCCAUACCGCUGGAUGUUAUUCCGACUACACCAAAUUUCUAUCAAACUAUUGGCAGGCUAGCUAAUCUGGAAUAUUUACACUUGGCAAAUUUCUUUUACUGUUAUGAUGGCAUAAUACACAUCGUAGGCAAAUGCCGCAAACUCAAAGAGGUGCGACUCAGCGAUUGCGUGGGAUUUUCGGAUUUUGCGAUCUAUGAACUCGUCGAAGUGGUGAAGCGCAAACGUAGAAAAGAGCAGCUGCCACUUAGACUGUUUUUGCAUAAUUCGAGAGACGAAUCUGGUGAUACCUGCAGUGAGGAAAGUUCGGCCAGCGCUAAUGAUGUGAACAAACGCUUCGAAGACGUCCAGGAAUUCAUUGAGGUUACUUUCGUGGAUGAACCGAAAUCGGAAUUGUCUACAUCGAGCCCACCAUUCCUGGACGAAGUAAUGUGCAUUAAAUGACAUUCGGCGAAGUGGGGAAGUAACAGUGAAAUAAAAAUGUAAAAAUGGUUUAAAAAAUUUA